AUGCUCGCGGCUCUGGGCUCCCUGGCGGCUACCCUCUGGGCAGGGUUCCAUCUCCAGGCUUUCUUGCUGGGUGCGGUCACCUUUUUGUUCUUUGUUGAUUUCCUGAAAAGGCGGCGCCCAAAAAACUACCCACCGGGGCCGCCAAGGCUGCCGUUCAUUGGCAACUUCAUUCCACUGGACUUUGAAGGGACGCCCCUGGCGUUUCAGCGGCUUGUGAAGAAAUAUGGGAACGUGUUUAGCCUGGAGUUUGGGGACAUAUGUGGCGUUGUUGUAACUGGAUUGCCCUUAAUCAAAGAAGUCCUUGCCAACCAAGACCAAAACUUUGUGGACCGCCCCAUCACUCCUAUCCGAGAGCAUGUCUUUAAGAAAAAUGGACUGAUCAUGUCCAGUGGCCAAGAAUGGAAGGAGCAAAGAAGAUUUGCCCUAACAACAUUAAGGAACUUUGGUUUAGGAAAAAAGAGCUUAGAAGAACGCAUUCAGGAGGAGGCCUGCCACCUCAUUGAGGCUAUAGAAGAGGAGAAAGGACAGCCUUUUGACCCUCACUUCAAGAUCAAUAAUGCAGUUUCCAAUAUCAUUUGCUCUAUUACUUUUGGGGAGCGCUUUGACUACAAAGAUGGUCAGUUUCAGGAACUGCUGAAGUUGCUGGAUGAAAUCACAUAUCUGGAAGGUGGAAGGUGGUCCCAGCUCUACAGUACCUUUCCAUGGAUAAUGAAAUUCCUUCCUGGACCUCACCAGACAGUCUUUAGAGACUGGGAGAAAUUGAAACUAUUUGUUUCUCGUAUAAUUGAAAAACACAAGAGAGAUUGGAAUCCUUCCGAACCAAGAGACUUCAUUGAUGCUUACCUCAAGGAAAUGACAAAGUUUACAGGCAAUGCUAGUUCAAGUUUCCAUGAAGAAAACCUUGUGUGCAAUACACUAGACCUUUUCUUGGCUGGAACAGAGACAACUUCUACUACACUGCGCUGGGCUCUGCUUUACAUGGCCAUUUACCCAGAAAUCCAAGAGAAAGUACACACUGAGAUAGACAGAGUAUUUGGCCAAUCACAGCAGCCCAGCACCACUGGCCGAGAGCACAUGCCCUACACCAACGCCGUCAUCCAUGAGGUGCAGAGAAUGGGCAACAUCAUCCCCCUGAAUGUGCCCCGGGUAGUGACGUUUGAUACCAUUUUGGCUGGAUACCACCUGCCAAAGGGGACCAUGGUCCUGACCAAUCUGACUGCACUGCACAGGGACCCUGCAGAGUGGGCCACCCCUGACACAUUCAAUCCGGAGCACUUUCUGGAGAAUGGACAGUUUAAGAAAAGGGAAGCCUUUCUGCCUUUUUCAAUAGGAAAACGGGUUUGCCUUGGAGAACAGUUGGCCAGGUCUGAGCUGUUUAUUUUCUUCACUUCCCUUGUACAAAAAUUUACCUUCAGGCCCCCAGACAAUGAGGAGCUGAGCCUGAAGGGCAGAAUGGGCCUCACUGUUUCCCCUGUCAGCUACCGCAUCUGUGCUGUUCCCCGGGUCUGA